UAUCCAACACAAUCCAAUCCGACGCCGAUAUUUGACCGCAUGCCCGUAGCGGAGGGUGCACCGGCUCUGCGCGCAUGUGCCCUCUAAUGUAUCAUAUAUUGCGUAAAUAAGGAUUUUGUGAAGCAAGAGAGGUGCACUGCUUGUAGUUCCGAGCGUGGUUGCUCACGUGGAAUGCUCUGGAGCAAAAUUGAAAAGACUGUGUGAAAGUGCGGUUUCGUUUUGUGAUCUGAUGAUACGUUCUACCGAAUACAUCUGUUGAAGGGCUCGCAUCUUUCUCGAGAAGCUGUUUUUCUUCAGAAAUUACCAUGUCGGAGUGCCCAAUGCAUGCUACGAGUGGAGAAUGUCCAUUCAAGGACGCGGGGAUAAAUCCGGACAACAUGAUGGAGCACCCAAAUCAGAAACCGUCGCCCGAUCAGCCAUUCCCACUGCCCACGGAGCGCGUUGUCUCCAGCAUCCCCAAGGCUGGGGGCGCUGAGGGUGAGAAGUGGGUAUAUCCUUCCCAGCAAAUGUUUUGGAAUGCUAUGCUGCGCAAGGGAUGGCGGUGGAAAGAGGAAGAUAUUAAACAGCAGGACAUGGCACACAUCAUUCACAUUCACAACGCCAACAACGAGAUGGCCUGGGAAGAGGUGCUCAAAUGGGAGGCACUACAUGCCAAGGAGUGCUGCAAUCCCAGGCUCAAGAGGUUCGGUGGGAAGGCAACAGAGUACUCUCCGCGAGCGCGCAUACGACAUUGGCUCGGGUAUGAGCUACCGUUUGAUCGGCACGACUGGAUCGUGGACCGCUGUGGCAAGGAAGUCCGUUACGUCAUAGACUACUACGACGGCGGUCCCGUGAGCCCCGAUUCCGGUCGCUUUGCACUGCUGGACGUACGGCCCGCCAUGGAUUCCCUCACAAACAUAUGGGACAGAAUGAAAGUGGCUUGGUGGCGUUGGACAGUCGCUACAAAAGAAUGACCUACAAAUAAAAAGCUCUUAUAUUAGUG